GCGCUGCGAGGGCCGCGGUUAAAGCCCCGGCGCGGGCGCGCGCUCUCAAAAGGAGCCAGCCGCUCGGCCGCCGGAGCCGCGCCCCGAUCCCGGGCCUCGACCCCGGACCCGGACCCUGGCCCUGGCGGCGGCCAUGGGCGCGCUCCAGUCUCGGCGUGUGGAGCCGCGGGCGCGGCGAGGGGAGGGUGCCGACCCCCGUUCCCUGCCCGCCUCCUCCGGACGCGCUGCAGCAGCCAGCGCGCGCAGGGAGAGCCCCGAAGGGGGCAGCUUCGCAGUGUCCGCACAAGCGAGCGGCCGCAGGGGCGCGGAGGAGGCGGAGCGGCGCGCGCGGGACCAGCAGGAGCUGCUCAAUGGGGACCCCGAGGAGGGGCCUCCCUGGGAGAGCCGGAGUCCACUGGAGGUGGCACAGACUGCGGAGAAGACCGAGGGCGCGGCCCCACUGCCCCGCGUGGAGGACAGAGGCGGCCCGGUGGCUGGGGAGGGCCUGGGCAGAAGGCGCCUGAGUGUCCGAGUGCUGCGGUGUGACGUCUCGGUGGAGGGCGGCAGCCGGCAGGAGUGGACGUUGACGCUGUAUGACCUGGACAGCAGCGGGAAGGUCACCCGGGAGGACGUGUCCAGCCUGAUGCACACCGUCUGCGAGGUGGUCAACGCCUCUAUCAGCCACUCCCCAGACAGCAGCAAGACCCUGCAUGUGACGCUGACCGUCAGCCCCAAGCCCUCUGGCGAGGACGGGCCUCCCAGCGGCCAGGACGCGGAGCCUGGUGGCUGCGGGACAGAAGCGGAGCUGGCCCAGGACCCCGGGGCGGCCGACAGGAAGCCGUCUGCACAGGGCAGGAGGCCCGAUGCCCAGGCCCAGGCCUGCCCUGUGCGGGGGCCCUGCUGUGUGGACGAGAACACAGAGCGGAGGAACCACUACCUGGACCUCGCGGGGACGGAGAACUACGCGUCCAGAUUCGGCCCCGGGUCCCCGCCGACGCAGGCCAGGCACGCGCCGAGCAGGUCCCGUUCGCAGGACUCGGACGCCCACGAUGGCCACGCCGCCCACGCCUGCGGAGCCUGGGCACCAGACGUGCAGCCCCGGCCGAAGGGGCCGGAGCAGCCGCCCCUCAAGCCUCCCAAGGGCUCACGGCGGCCGCCCGAGGCCCCCGGCAGCUGCAAGCCUGGGAAAGGCCUGGGCCACCACCUGCCGGCCCCAGCCCCGCAGGACGGCCACAGGCGGUACCGGCAGAGGGGCAGGGAGGGCCACUCGCCACGCAAGGCCACGCAUGGCCACCCGGCCACCGUGGAGCUGCCCCCCGCGCUGGCAGGUGAGGGCCACACGGUGCCCGUGGUCCAGCGGCACGAACACCACCACCACCACCACCACUUCCACCACCACCACUUCCACCCGCCCUAGCUGCGCGGGCACGGGCGCGGGCACGGAUGGGACUCCGCCCCGCUGCUGCCUUGAGGCCACGUGGAUUUUGUGACAGCUGAGUGUGAUCUAUAAACACCAAACACGCGUGGAAACGCGCACCUGUGUCUGCCGUCAUUCAUGGCCAGGAGGGCCCGGUGCGGGAGGGGUCCUCGCAGCACGGGGUGUGCCCUCUGUGGGAUCUGCUCACCGCGGGGAGGGGCGUGGAAUGUGGGCGGGGCAGGGCAGCGUCCUGACGGGACACAGGUGGGCCCAGGCCGGGGUGGGGGCUCCUUGCUGUCCUCCAGGACGAGGGGCGGGCUCUGGCGCCUGUCCCCGCCCCCGGCGCUGUUUUCAGGGUUGAAACCAGCAGCGGUCAGCUGGUCGCUGAGGCUCCUCUCCAGGCCUGGCACAUGCAUGUGCAGCCAGCGCAGCGAGGAGGGGGCACGUCCGAGUCCACGCCAGCACAUGCGAGCCGCGCCGUCGCGGAUGGGUGAGUCCCCCACUUGGCCCUAAGGAAACCCCAGAAACAACACCCUGCACUCGUGUGGCUGGGCUCCCUGGACGCCGCCGCACCUGCUCACACUUCCACGCGGCCCAGUGUUGGGGGCGGUCCAGCACGGGGGCUGCUGAGGGACGGCGUCCUCACCGUCUUCCAUUCCACAUCGGCCCUGGCGUUCACACCCCGGCUGUACUGAGCCUUCUGCGUCCCCUGCUGGUGCCCAGGAGGCCUGAGCUGGAGGAAGGACCUGGAUCCCGCCAGGGACGGGAGUCCCUGAAGCCUUGCAGGUCGCCCACCUGGACGAGCAUGGAGGUGGGCAGGGGCUCUGCUGUGGGCGCCGGGGAGGCGGCAGAGCACGGCCGUGGUGGCUGCUGGUGACCUCAGAGCCGGGCAGCUGCACCCGAGCCCGGGGAAGGCCCGCAGGUCACCACGGACACCGUCCAUGUCACCAACUCCUGUGUCACCACCAAUGCCUCCCGUGUCCCUGCCAUCAGAGACGCACAGCCACUGCCCAGUCCUGCUCUGCCGACGGCUGGGCCACACCGGUUGUCAGCUGCCGGGUACACUGGCUGCCUCCACGCUGCGUGCCCGGGGCCGCCAGCUCCCCCGCAGGUGGGGCGUUCACCACGCCACCGGGCGCUUUCCUCGGCUCUCGGCUGACUGGGCGCGGGUUGCGAUGCCGGGAGGGGUCUCGGGGAAACCCCUCGGGGCGCCAGCGUCUACAGUAUGAAACGUGCAGUUCUUCAGAGACCACUUUAUUUUUCUACUAAACAAAAAUCAUACAAAGACAGCUUCUAUAAAAACAGUGAUCUGGGCGGCUCCCCCAGCACAGCCUGCUGGGGACGGCCGGGCGUGGCCGCGACAGCAGGCGAACCCUGGGAGCCCAGAAGCGCACGCCGUGCUCUGCCUGGCCUGAAGUCCAAGGACGGACCCAGCCCCGUAGAGCCUGUGGGCGCCAGCCGGCGAGGGCCUGGACAGCCGGUGUUUAAAUAAAUAAAUACGCCAUCUAGCGGGGGCGGUGCCGCGUCCUGGGCCCACACCUCUAAGGCCCUGCGAAGACCCGGUGUCGCCCCCUGGGACCAUGGAUACUCGGGGCAGCGGACGGAGCUCAGGGACACGCAUGCGCAUGGCCACCACGAUGGCACCGAUGACCCUCAGCCUUGCGGCUGGCCACUGCUCCCAGACGUGCAGGCUGGAGGCCAGGCACCGGGAGCGUCCCGGGCAUGACUGGGUGUCGUCGGGUUGCUGUGGCAUAGGGCAGGUGCACAGGGCUGGGUGCACUGACCUCGGGGCCCCCGGCUGAGUGGGCUCCCUGCGUGCUGACAGACGGGGCCCUGGGGGCCGGCGCAGGCCCCUGCACCACACCUUCGUCACGGAGGAGCAUGCGUGCUUCACGGGUGCUGCGGACGGACUGGGGGCUCCUGCCACACACGGCCUGGGGGGAGCCAGCAGCCGGCCCAGGGCACACCCUGCGGCAGGAGGAGCCGGCACCAGGCCUGGAA